UAAAGUGCUCACUCAGACCAGUUUUAGAGAGGGGCGGAGGAGGGCUCGCCUCAUGAGGGUAUAACGGCAGUGUACGUGGGGGCUUUGUAUUUAUUUUUGCUUCAGAGUUGUUUUGUUUUAUAACCAGAUAAAGCAAACACUUCUUGAUUUGAAAUAUAGCUUUUAGCGGACUUUUUUAUUCUUCGUAAAGUAGGUUAAAUGGACGCCGCGGUGAAAUCGGAGACUGGUGCUCCGCUUUCUCAUUCACGAGUGAGCUGACUCUCUGAAACCGCUGGACGGUCCGUGUCUUCGGCGAUGCCUCCGCAGGGAGGUGGAGAAUACAAGCCGGCUCCGGGUACAGCAGUGCCGCCGGUUCCCCCGCGGAGACUCCGGGGCAGAGAUUUAUCAUCCGCGGUGAAGAGCCGCUUCGGGGCGGCAGCGGAGCGCAGGGUGAAGUGCGUGCUGGUUGGUGAUGGUGCAGUGGGUAAAACUAGUCUCAUUGUGAGCUAUACCACAAAUGGAUAUCCCACCGAGUAUGUUCCUACAGCGUUUGACAACUUUGCAGCGGUUGUAGCUGUUGAUGGCAAGCCUGUGAAACUUCAGCUUUGUGACACAGCCGGUCAGGAUGAGUUUGACAAGCUCCGGCCGCUGUGCUACACCAAUGCUGAUGUCUUCUUGCUCUGCUUCAGUGUGGUAAGUCCCUCCUCUUUCCAGAACGUGAGGGAGAAGUGGGUUCCUGAGAUCUGCCGGCACUGCCCGAGGGCACCGAUACUGUUGGUGGGCACUCAGGCUGACCUGCGGCAAGAUGUCAAAGUGCUCAUCCAACUGGCCCAGUACAAGGAGCGGCCGGUGGACCCCCAGGAGGCCUGCAUGUGUGCUGAGGAAGUACAGGCCGUCUCGUACAUGGAGUGCUCAGCGCUCACUCAGAAGAACCUGAAGGAGGUGUUUGACACGGCUAUAAUGGCCAGCAUCCAGUACUCGGACAGCCAGCAGCAGAAAAGACUGAAGAAGCGGACGCCCGAUAAAAUGAGGAAGCUCUCUGAGUCCUGGUGGAAGAAAUACUGCUGUUUGGCAUAGACGUGAGAAUAUGAUUGCAUACUGUUGAUAUGAAUGCGGUUAGACUGGAACCAGCUUUUUUGGAUAGAAAUGGACACAAGAUCCAUCUGCUUUAUGAGACUGUGUUAGUGGAUUAACAUGCGCACACCGGGCCGUGAAAUUAAUCGGACAUUUUAGAAAAGAUCGGCCAGCUUUUGUGAUGAAAUGGAAAGAUUCAUAGAGACCCAAAGUUGUCCGCUGUAUUUUAGGAUCUGCUCUUCAUUUGGAAAGUCCCAAGUUAACCUCAGAUACUCAUGUGAACAAUUCAGGGCGAGAGUCAUCUGUCUUUCUUUACCUUAUCUCUUGUUGAAGAGGGUUUCAAGUGGACUUGAGAUCUAGUUUCAAGAUCUAGUUUAGACUGCCAGAACUUUCCUUCUUCAUUUAGACACUGUGAAAAGCAACCUGGUCGGUCUCAGCAUGUUGUUAGUGUUUUAACACUUCUUUUGCUUACAGAAUGGAAUUACUCGCCUUUGUUAUUCCCUCGUCUUGGAGGAUUAUUGAUCCAGAGUGGGUUCAGUCUGAUAUACUUAAGUGCUCCUUCAUGUAUCUGUCAAAGCAUUAAGUGUGAUGUUGAGUACAAGCAGAUGUUUGGACACACUAUCAACUUGACAUCACUGACAUUUACCUUGUUGUCCUCUGAGGGUGAAUGAUUGUCCAUUUUAGAGACAGCAGGACGCUGGCACAUCUCUCCAGGCUGUCUUGUUUACAUUUGGAGUUAAGUUCAGAUCCAAACAUGCUGUGAGGUCAGGGUCUUUUGAGAGUAAGUACGUACACUUAGUAGGCCAGUUGGAUUGUGUAUCUGGUCAUUGAACCUUGAGCUUCAUCAAAAACAGUGUUUUAAGUGAAGCAUUUCAGUGCUGUCAGGAGGAAUCUGACUGAGUCAGACGUUAUUGGGUAUUUAUAGGAAUAUACACUAAUGUUCAUAAGUUUGGGGUUGGUAAGAUUUUUUUUGUUGUUGUUUGUUAUAAAAUCUCUUUUGCUCACCAACAUUGCAUUUCAUAAACACAAUAAAACAUUAAAUACAGUAAUAUUUGUAAAAUAUUAUUACACUUUUAAAAUAUCUGUUUUCUAAUUUAAUAUAUUUUCAAAUAUUAUUUAUUCCUGUGAUGACAAAGCUGAAUUUUCAGCAGCCAUUACUCCAGUCUUCAUUGUCACAUCAUCCUUCAGAAAUAAUUCUGUUAUGCUGAUUUAGUGCUCAAUAAAUAUUUCCUAUUAUUAUUAAUGUUGAAAACAGUUGUGCUGCUUAAUAUAUCUGUAGAAAAUGUGAAAAGAGCACCCUUUGAAUUAGAAGUUUUUUAACUUGCGAUAAAAUGUAUUAAUUGCUUUAAAAAAUCUUUCUAACCCCAAACAUGUGAACAUUAGAAUGUGUUGCACAUUUUCAAAGAAGGAAAAACUUUUUUAGUCUACAGUAUUCAACCAGAAAUUAUAAUGGUUGACAUUGCUUGUCAAUUUCUGUUAGAACAAGACAAUACUUUUUUUCUUUCUUCUUUUUUUUGUUUUUUUUUUGUUUGCAUGAAACUUCAAUAUUAAAUUUUAGAUUCUUUAUGCCUUUGCAAUUAUGGCACUAUUUAUAGGUGGAAUUUGUACAUUCCUGGCAUCAAAUGAAAUUCCAAUCUGUUUGUAAUGAGAUGGACAUGAUAUCAAUCAGGGCUGUGAGUUUGGUGCGGGGUGCUGGGUGCUGGGUGGGGGGUCUAUCUGUAUGCUCAACUAAUUGCAAAUGGGGAGAGAUUUUUUUCCCAAUUGUGUUAUUUCAGAUUAUUUACUUAUUGAUUCAAUUCAGUUAAUUCAGUUAUGUCAAAAACUGGGGAUGUUAGUGGUGCAGACAAGACACAUUAAACAUGAAUAUUAAACAAACCAUUUUUUUUCCAUAUUUGCCUGAAUGCAUUAGGCAGACAGUUUUAUCCAAAGCAACUUGCAUUGCAUUUAAGUCAUGCAUUCCAUGGGAAUGAAACCCAUGACCUUGACGUUGCUGGUCACUGCUCUACUGUUUAAACUACUAUUCUACAUUUGUCUCCCCUAAAGGACGUCAUGCUUUGAUAAGCAUUGCAGUCCUAUGGUUAAAUGAAUCCUAUAUAAAAUACAUGGAGUGUUUCUCCAGAGCAAACUGCAGAUUUUAUCAGGCUUCCACAUCAGAUGAACUGGAAAAGUCACCUGCUGCUAUGCAAAAUGUGAAAAGAGCAUAAGCUUAAUGACACGGUAAGGAAAAGUUAAUGUUUCACUGCAUAAGUUGGGGUUGGUGUGCAAGUAUCACUAACGUCACUAGUGGCAAACAUUUUUCUUUCAUGAGCACAGAAUGAAUCAAGAAUGAAAUCAAGAUGAGUUUUAUGUUUGCCACUUGUAAUGUUAGACUGUCAGAAUGUGGCGAGGCAUUGAGAAAGAAGUAGGUGGCUCUGAGAAAGUGAUUACAGGGCUGUAAACCGCAAGUGUUGAAGGUGGCAUAGUGAGAGAUGAAACCCAGACCAAACAAUUAUAUUGAUUUUAAAGAAGGAAUUCAAAAUUCUGUAAUGAUUUACUCAACUUCAUGUUUUUUCAAACAUUUUGUGGAGCACAAAAGAAGAUAUUUUGAAGAAUGUCUCCAUUGUUUUGGUCUAUGAAGAAAAGUGGUUGAAACAUUCUUCGAAAUGUCUUCUUUUGUGUUCCACAGAUAAAAGGAAGUCACACACAUAUGGAAAGAUAUCAAGGAGUGAAUUUUUGCCUUUUUUUGGUGACGCACACUCAAGACAUUUUUUUAAAAGGGGCAUAUUGUAACAGUACAUUGUAUUUCAUAUUUUAUCAAGAAGUAUUUUUGUGAUCUCAGAAAUGCAUAUGUUGCAAAAACAGGCCUUAAGUUCAGACUGACCAAAGCAUUUGAGCGCUAGAGUGCUGUGUGCUUUCCCAGGGCAGGAUCAGUUACUGAGAGGUUUUUGACAAGUCUCCAAACUAUCACUUCAAACACGCAGUGUGUUUAUUCCCUGCUUUGAUGCUUUGAUUUGCACGUGAGUUGCAUUGCAGUGUUGUAUAUUUUCUGUGAGUGAGCUCACUGCUGCCGCGUCCCACCAGACGGAACUGUUCAGGAUCUGGUGCUCGUUCAGACAAAGCUGACAUGCAAUAACAGAGACCUCCCUGUAGAUUGUAAUCUUUCUCAGAAUAAAUAUACUUUUUGUCUA